AUGACUCGCGAUUUCAAACCUGGGGACCUCAUCUUCGCCAAGAUGAAAGGUUAUCCUCAUUGGCCAGCUUGAGUAGAUGAAGUUCCUGAUGGAGCUGUAAAACCACCCACAAACAAACUACCCAUUUUCUUUUUUGGAACUCAUGAGACUGCUUUUUUAGGCCCAAAGGACGUAUUUCCUUACUCAGAAAAUAAGGAAAAGUACGGCAAACCAAAUAAACGAAAAGGCUUUAAUGAAGGUUUAUGGGAGAUAGAUAACAAUCCGAAAGUGAAAUUUUCAAGUCAACAGGCAUCAACUAAACAAUCAAAUGCGUCAUCUGAUGUUGAAGUUGAAGAAAAAGAAACUAGUGUUUCAAAGGAAGAUACUGACCAUGAAGAAAAAGCCAGCAACGAGGAUGUGACUAAAGCAGUUGACAUAACCACUUCAAAAGCUGCCAGAAGAGGGAGAAAGAGAAAGGCAGAAAAACAAGUAGAAACCGAGGAGGCAGGAGUAGUGACUACAGCAACAGCAUCUGUUAAUCUAAAAGUGAGUCCUAAAAGAGGACGACCUGCAGCUACAGAAGUCAAGAUUCCAAAACCAAGAGGCAGACCCAAAAUGGUAAAACAGCCCUGUCCUUCGGAGAGUGACAUGGUAACUGAAGAAGACAAAAGUAAGAAAAAAGGGCGAGAGGAAAAACAACCUAAAAAGCAGCUUAAAAAGGAUGAAGAGGGCCAGAAGGAAGAAGAUAAGCCAAGAAAAGAGCCAGAUAAAAAAGAGGGGAAAAAAGAAGUUGAAUCAAAAAGGAAAAAUUUAGCUAAAACAGGGCUUACAUCAACCUCUGAUUCUGAAGAGGAAGGAGAUGAUCAAGAAGGUGAAAAGAAGAGAAAAGGUAGAAGAAACUUUCAGACUGCUCAUAGAAGGAAUAUGCUGAAAGGCCAACAUGAGAAAGAAGCAGCAGAUAGAAAACGCAAGCAAGAGGAACAAAUGGAAACUGAGCACCAAACAACAUGUAAUCUACAGUAAUAAAAAAUAUAUCUCAUUUUGGGCUCAAAGCAUUAAUCCAGUUACUGAAAAGAGAAUACAAGUGGAGCAAACAAGAGAUGAAGAUCUUGAGACAGACUCAUUGGACUGAAUUUCCCCCUCCCCCCCCCUUGAUGGAAGAA